CCUACUGCAAAAGCAGCCUCUGCAUUUUUGUCUGUCUGAAUGCUGCUAGCACGGCAGAAAAAAACAGUGAGGGGAAGGAAAACUGAAGAAAUGUGAAAAUCCAACGUACUAUAACAUGGCGAGCGGAAGUCCUGCGCAAAUGGAGUUAUUCGCGGACUCCUUCGAUGCUAGAGACCCCGGAUCAAAAUGCCGAUGCCGAUGAGGACUUCCCUGAGCAGCAUUUGCUGGACGUACAGAAACUCUGCAGUAAACACCUGCUAUCCUACUUUGUUUUACUAAAACCAUAGGAAAGUGGGGAGGACUACUGCUGAGUUCUUUCUGCUGGAGGAUGCAGCGCUGCACUUCACUUGUUUAAUGGAUAGGCAUCUCUACCAGCCUCACCUGAGCGACGUGGACCCCGUGCUGGUGUCCCACCAUACGUUUUCCUCCCACAAGGACGUGCUGGGUGACCACAUCCCCUACUUCCAGGCCCUCCUCUCCCAGAGUCAACCACCGCACUGCAUAAACCUGGCCUUUGAGGUGCUGAGUAUCCAAAUCCUCAGCUUCAUCUAUAUCUCCAUCUUUGAAGUCCUACAGGUGGCCAUUGUGCUCCAAAUGAGUUCCUGCCACAAGCUACUUGGGUCCAAUGAGAUGGCAGACACAGACAGGCAAGGCAAUGUCUCGUCCAGUCAGAUGUACAAGAUGAAGGAGCUUGAGAAGAUGUACACACAACAAGGAAAGGGUACAUUCUCUUUGCUUGUAGAGGGCAGUGGUGUCAGUAGGGAUGUUACGCAGACACACUCAUCUAGCGUCCACUCCAGCCCUCGAGCCAAACACUUCUACAAAAAAGAUGACAUUGGAGGGGGAGUGGCUAGCGGAGGAGGGCGGGGCUUAUGCACAAUGGAGGGAGGAGUCGGUCUAAAUGAAGUGGGAUCCCAGGAUAGUUCUGUCUCCUUUAACAGAGAGCAGAUUAUUGUGGAGGUCAAUCUCAACAACCAGACUUUGAAUGUUUCUAAAGGGUCUGACGGCAAGGGCGUCACCUUAAGUACCUCAUCCUUCUUCGUUCACCGUCAAUCCAAUCUUCCCAAUGCGGUGGAGGGUAAGGAACAGGAUGAUAAUGAAGAUGUUGGUGAGGACGAAGAAGAAGAAUAUGAACACAGAAAGGAAGGGAUGGAAAAUCGCAGCGAUGACGAGGACGAUGAGGAUGAAGAAGAGAAUAAUCUGGACAUUCCAGAAACAGGACGGACCAGUGUGGAAAGACGGCGUGCCACGGCCAUGAGACCGACGCUAAAUGACACGACACUAAGGGAGGGGAGGAAGAGGAGUAAAGAGCAGGAGAGUCUGGGACAGAAGGUGAAGCUCGAAGAAAAGCAGCACUUUUCCUGCAAAAAGUGCCCUCGUGUUUUCAACAACCGCUGGUACUUGGAGAAGCACAUGAACGUCACCCACAACCGCAUGCAGAUCUGCAAUAAAUGCGGCAAGCGCUUUUUACUGGAGAGCGAGUUGCUGCUACACCAUCAGACAAACUGUGAGAAAAACAUACAGUGUGUGACUUGUGGAAAAGCUUUUAAAAAGCUGUGGUCUUUACACGAACACAACAAGAUUGUCCACGGAUAUGCUGAGAAAAAGUUCUCUUGUGAAAUCUGUGAAAAGAAGUUCUACACCAUGGCACAUGUCCGGAAACACAUGGUUGCUCACACUAAGGAUAUGCCAUUCACUUGUGAAACGUGUGGGAAGUCCUUCAAACGCAGCAUGUCUCUUAAAGUGCACUCUCUGCAGCACUCUGGAGAAAAGCCCUUCAAGUGUGAGAACUGCAGUGAAAGAUUCCAGUACAAAUACCAGCUGAGGUCACAUAUGAGCAUCCAUAUCGGACAUAAGCAGUUCAUGUGCCAGUGGUGUGGGAAAGACUUCAACAUGAAGCAAUACUUCGAUGAACACAUGAAGACACACACUGGAGAGAAACCAUAUAUCUGUGAGAUUUGUGGAAAGAGCUUCACGAGCCGGCCCAAUAUGAAACGGCACCGCCGAACUCACACUGGCGAGAAGCCGUACCCCUGUGACGUCUGCGGACAGCGUUUCCGCUUCUCCAACAUGCUCAAAGCCCACAAGGAGAAGUGCUUCCAGGUCAGCAACCCUGUGGUAUCUGAUGCCACCAACCUUGUGGGCCUAGACCCCAAGUCAACUGAUAUGGACACACCAGCCAAUCAGUUACCCAGCCACCCCAUGACCCCUCCCGGUGAGGCGUCCAGUCUCCACCAGGUCAAGUCACUACCCUUCGUUCACUCUAUCGUAGGUCUUCCAUCUCCCCCGGCUCUGUUUUCCACUGAAAAUGGUAACUCUGGUAACAACUAGUUUUGAAUAUAAGGUUGAAGUUCCUUUGAUUGUUUAUUGUCUGAAACCCAAAGCUUGCAGUAGCUCCUCAUGAGCUUUUUGAUUCACAUCCAAUGUGAAUCACUCUCAUAGGGGUUUCCAAACAUGCUGAGUGAGGUCUAAGACUUCCAGCGGGUGUUUGAACAGUGUGUGACACUGAAUAUUCCUUUUAAACUGUGCAAAUUUUCACUUAUCUUAUUCUCAUAGAGAUAUUUUAUAUACUGUUCAAAUAAGCUUCUCGUAUUACAGAAAGAAAUGUUCUCAUUAUUUUAGUUGUUUAAUACAUUUUUGUGAGCUACAGGAUUAGCAUUUAGCAUCGCAUUUCUGCAUUUCACACACUCUUGCCAUAGAUGUUUACGCUUUGUCGGUUUAGUCUAACCAGUUGAGAUUCCCAUUAGCUGCCAUAUGAAAUGUUGAUAGGUACUGAACUCACAGCAGAGGGUGAUGUGGGACAUGAGCAUUGCAAAGUUUUGGAACAGCUCUUCAGCCAAUAAACAUGUAGUAGCUGUGUCCCCCUGCCAUAACCAAAUCCAGAUGUAUUGCAGUAAUCAAAUCCUGUUAGCUUAUAUGUUAUUACUGAAUAUGAAAUGUAUAAUCAAUCCAGCACCUUAUUUUUAAUUGUAGAUGUAUUUAUAUUGUCCUGUCUUCUUCGUCUCCUGAAAGUUUUGUCACAUGGGCUUCUCUGCGUAUUUGCAGAGGUUUGUUUUUAGAAGCGUCUGUGCAGGGCACAGGUGCGACAGAUGGAUUGUGUUCAAGUUUAUAUGUAGCAGAGGCACUUGAGAAUAAUUGAUGUUUGACACUUAAAGAAAUAGUUCACCCAAAAAUGAAAAUUUGCUGAA